GAAAGUCCACCUCGAUCUCCUUCUUCAGAUGAGCAGAUUUCAGGAACCCAACAAACUCAGGAUACCGUGCAUACUGUGGACUGUAAAAUUUGUGGUGACAUAGCAUCUGGUUUCCACUAUGGGGGUACAUGCAUGUGAAGGCUGCAAGGGUUUCUUUCGCCGAACAUUACGGAUGAGGCUUCAGUAUGAAUACUGUAAUCGCAACUGCAAGAUACAAAAGAAGAAUCGAAACAAAUGCCAGUACUGCCGAUUUAACAAGUGUUUAAACCUUGGCAUGUCCCAUAAUGCAAUUAGAUUUGGUCGAAUGCCUGAAGCAGAGAAGAAGCGCCUGGUGCAGACAUCAGCAAUGGAUUCGGGAAAAACUGACUCCCAGGUGUCAGAUCUGCUCGCACUAACACAGCAAAUCCACUCCUCUUAUAUGAACACUUUCACUAUGACAAAGAAAAGAGCACGGGACAUUCUAACUGGCAGGAGUAGCAUAUCGCCCUUUGUGAUACAUGACAUGGACACACUGUGGCAGGCUGAACGUGGAGCAGUGUGGGAGCAGUUACCAAUGCAGGAUCCUCCUGGAACAGAAAUUGGAGUUCAUGUAUUUUAUCGCUGCCAAUGUACUUCAGUGGAGACUGUACGUGCACUUACUGACUUUGCAAAAAGUGUUCCAGGCUUCAGCUCUCUCUACCUCAAUGAUCAAGUCACACUACUAAAAUAUGGAGUCCAUGAAGCAAUAUUUUGCAUGUUAGCCUCCCUUAUGAACAAGGAUGGGCUCCUGGUAGCUGGAGGUCGUGGCUUCGUUACUCGUGAAUUUCUCCGCAGCCUUCGUCUUCCGUUCUGUCAUAUAAUGGAACCCAAAUUCCACUUUGCCUCCAAGUUCAAUGCACUGGAACUUAAUGACAGUGAUCUGGCACUCUUCGUAGCUGCUAUCAUCUUAUGCGGUGACCGUCCAGGCCUUAUGAGCCCUUCCCAGGUAGAGAACAUCCAGGAAAGAAUUCUAAGCGCUCUUAGGAGUCAUCUGCAGACAUCUCACCCUGAUGCACCUUUCCUCUUUCCAAAACUCCUUCACAAGAUGGCUGAUUUACGACAACUGGUGACAGAGCAUGCUGAGCUUGUUCAGAGCAUCAAACGUACUGAAUCCAGUGCAUCACUGCAUCCUCUUCUGCAGGAAAUCUAUAAAGACAUGUAUUGA